UUAGCAUCAUUGUCUUCACAGUCACUUCCGACCGAGACACCCAUUCGCGAUGGGCACACCCCUCUACACUGCCCUCAGCGGCUCGCUGCACGCUUUUGCGGCCGCUUCGUGGACAGCGCGUGAGCCCGCGCUGGCGAAGCACACAGGCUCUCGCGCGCUGCCUCCGCUCGACACUGAGCAGUUGCGAGCGCAGGUCACCAAGCUCUGGGCGGCUACGGGGACGGCGGAGCCGUCCACAGGCAAGCGCGCGGACGUGCUGCGCUAUACGCUUGAGAUGGUGGCGCGCGAUUUGGCCGUGCGCCCGGUGAUGAACCGCGAACUUGCUGAGCCGGAGGCGUCUGCAUCCGAUGCAUCCAAGGCGCGCUUCCAGACCGCACUUCAAGACCGUCUCGACAUUGUCCUCACCCUGAUGGAGGUGGUGUACGCCGCGAACCCCGCACCCGCACUUGAGACUGGCGCGCUCUUCAUCCCUCUUUUGGAAGAGUACCCAGAACUCCUCCUCGCCUCUACGUGGCACGCGCUGUUCGACUACGUUGUGUCCCGGUCUCCACGCUUCACACAGGACAUGCCCGUCGCCAAGGGCAAGCAGCUCAGCAUGCUGCGCUUGAUCAACAGCUUCUUGCGCAUGCUGAGCACCUCGCCGGGCGACUUGGACCUGCGCGGUCGAGUGCAGCUGUUUGCGAGCCGCGCCAUCAACGUUGCAGACAAGAGCGCGAUCAACCUCCGCGGCGAGUACGCGCGGCUCACCACAAACUGGGAGGGGAAAGGAGAAGAGGUUAAGGAGCCCGCCUCUCCUGUCAAGGCCGCCGAUGGCGAUAUCGAAAUGGCAGACAAGACCGUCAAGUCGGACUCUCCUGCCCAGCCCGACUUCUACGCCUCUCUUUGGUCCCUCCAGCAGUACUUCGCCAACCCACCCAGCCUCGAUGGGCCCGCCGUUGACGACCGUACGCCCUUCGAUGACUUCCGAACAAAGUCCGAUUUCGUCCUGGGACGCAUGUUUGAGGCUACUCGCAAAGAGCGUGUUCUCCGUGGCCGUAACCCGGAGCGUGCAGCCGCUGCGCGCAAGCGAGGACAUACUGAGGCAUUCGCAUAUCCUCGUUACCUCACGAGCCGCAGUCUGCUCGAUUACGAAGUGGCAGACCCCGCGUUCCGCCGCCAGAUUCUCAUCCAGUUCUUCAUUCUGUUCCAGUUCCUUCUUAGUCUCACAAAGGAGAGCGCGAAGAAGCAGACCGUCACUGGCGGGAUGCCCAAGACGUUCGUCCUCGAGGGCAGCAACCAGGACUGGGUCAACAACACCGCCCGCUUGAUAAGACAGGAGCUCAACCAAAUGCCGGACGGCGUCGAUGUGGAUCGUGUUGUCGCCGAACUGAUGAACAGGGAGCGCCGAUACGCUGGAUGGAAGAACGACGGAUGCCUGGAGUCGGAGUGGGAUCUCACCCCGGCAUCCCCGGAGCUUGCGCAGGAUGCGGCUUCCAAGUGGAAGCGGCAUUGCGGGCCCAUGCGCCGCUGGAUGCACUCUAUGGGCACGCAGCCUCUUUCCCGCAUUAAUGCCGCGAAAUACACCGACAUGAGCGACUUCCUGGGCGAUCCAGUGCGCACCGAGAGUGUUUUCACGCUCGAGGAGCAGCUGAGCGAGAUCGAGGCUGAGGAGGAGGACGACCGUGCGAUGGGGCGAGAGCCGCCUGCCGAGCUGGCCGAGCGAAAGCGCACUAUCAAUUGGCUUGCGUUGCGCCAGGCGCGCCGCACGCACCCACGCUUCGUCGCCUCUCUCGGAAUGGAGUACAAUCUGCACAAGCUUGUCGCAGCUAUCCGCGAAAACGAGACCAAGGUGGCCGCGAAGCGCGCUGCCGCCGAUGCCGCCGAGGAAUCGGACGGCGAGAAAGACGAAGGCGCGGACGCCGUGGAGAAGGAUAGCGAUGAUGAAAGGCCGUCGUCCAAGCCUAGCCCCAAGGAGAACGGGUCGCCAGCGCGCCCUGUCGAGCCUGCGACCACAGAGAGGCCCGAUGCCUCUUCUGUCACCCCGGACGUGACGGCUCCAGAGGUGACUCGACAGCCGGAGGCGCCGCCGUCGCCAAUCAAAACUGCCUCGCCUACGCAUGCCUCGAGCUCGACCAUAUCACCUGCGCCGGAGGUUGAGCCGGUUGGCGAUGUCGAGAUGAAGUCGCAGUCCGGGGAGAGUGACCUCACGCCUCCCCCCGAGUAGGUGAUCGAUUAGUAUGUGCGCUAUGUAUGCGGUGCUCGCAUUUGAACAGCG